AUGACAAAUAGUUGUGAGUCGUCUACCUCCAGUACACCCUCAUUCUCGCGUUUACCGGAGAUCCCGUUACCAUCUUUCGACGGAGACUUUCGUUAUUGGCCAACAUUUCGAGAUAGGUUUUCGGCACUGGUGGACUCGCGUUCUGAUGUAUCAAAUAUCGAUAAGAUGCAUUACUUAAUCAGUUGUUUAAAAGGUGCAGCGGCCGACGCUGUWCGCGGUAUACCAGUAUCUGCGGAUAAUUAUAGUUUAGUCUGGUCCACAYUGUCUGCUCGUUUUUAUCGACCACGCCUAGUGGCUACGUCUUUGGUCGAUAAGUUGUUGCAAACGUCAUAUGUGACUCAGGAAUCCCACCGAGAGCUUAAUGAAUUUGUAAACUCGUUUACGGGAAAUAUGUCGUUACUAAACGCACUGAAGAUACCGGAUUUAGGGUCGUUUAUAUUAUUUUCUAUUGCGUUKCGCGCGUUGCCGGUGCCCACUCGGAAGUUGUUUGAAUCAACCACUACGUCAGAGUAUCCGUCCGUAGCCCAACUGUUAGAGUUCGUCCAGACUCGCGUAUCUGUUUUAGAACUCGCGGGUGAGCCGCGUAAAAGGUUUGGUGCCACUACGUCGACAAAUGUCGGUCAACCGGCACAUCAGUCGCGUAAGGUGGGAGAACGAUUUGGAAAGGCGGAGGGUUUCCGACCUGCUCUUACCUCAUUGGUUACGUCUGAUUCGGACAAGAGUUUUCCAUGCUGUGCGGAGCAUCAUAAUUUGACAACUUGCGCGCGGUUCAAGUCCUGGUCCGUCGACGCGCGGGCGCGGUGGACGCAAGAUAAGCGUUUGUGUUAUAUUUGUUUUAGUAGUAGCCAAUGGGCACCAAAGUGCAAGUCGAAAACUCGUUACCGUGAAUGUUCGCGUAGGCAUCAUGUCCUGCUUCACCCUCCCACUACAGGUACCGUCGAAGUAGCUGAUACCCCCUCCCCGGAUACAUCAGUGUGUGCCGCCGCGCUACAGCCGCCGCAACGUGAAUCGUCCGCCGUAUUAUUAGGCACAGCGUUAGUGCAUAUACGUGAUCGUUCGGGUACCUGGCAAACAAUGCGUGUAUUGAUUGAUAGUGCAUCACAGAUAAGCGCGGUGACAGGCGAUUGUGUUAGCCGUUUAGGUUUAAAUUGUGAGCGGUGGACCACUCCGAUUAGCGGGUUAGCGGGAGUGCCGGUUGUUAACGUUCAGGGCCGCGUAAAUCUCGCAGUGCAACCGCGCUUCGCAAAUGAGCCCUUACUUGACGUAAACGCGUGGAUUUUGCCAUCUAUUACGGGAGAUUUGCAGCGAGAGACACUUCCGCGUGAACUUCUAAUUCAUUACUCGAACCUCGCGUUGGCUGACCCUAUGUUUAAUGUCUCGUCGUUAAUUGAUUUGUUACUAGGCGGUGACGUAUAUGCUUCAGUUAUGGAUGGGCGGAAGGUGACUAUAAAUAGUACUCUCCCUGCAGCAUUUAGUUCGAUUUUCGGAUGGAUUUUGAUCGGCCCCCUGUCUCAUGAAUUUACGCAUCCACACCAAUCUUUACUCGUGUCGUUGACCGUUUCGCUAGAAGGGUUAGUAGAAAGAUUUUGGCAAGUGGAGGAGCCCGAACCUGCCCCCGUAAUUUUUACCGACGAAGGACGUUGCGAACGGAUAUUCCACGAUCAACACGUACGUUUGCCUUCUGGCCGGUUUUCAGUGCCACUUCCGUUCCGCGCACAAGUGUCCGCCGAUACAUUUUCCGGUUCCCGCGACAUAGCUGUGCGUCGUUUCGAGUCUCUUGAACGAAAAUUGACUAACAAUCCGAAACUUAAAUCAUUAUAUAUACAGUUUAUGUCCGAAUACAUUUCGUUGGGACACAUGUCGGUUGCCGCGUCGCCCGGUCAGUACUUAAUUCCGCACCAUGCAGUAUACCGCCCUGACGUGGAUGAUAAUAAAAUUCGAGUUGUUUUUGACGCGUCCGCGCGUGGUGCUCGCGGGCCGUCGUUGAAUGAGGUCUUAUUGCAGGGCCCUAAACUCCAGUUGGACAUUAUUGACUGGGGAAAUACAUUUGAAGAACUAAAAAUAUUUCGUUGGACUCAACUGAUAAAUUGUCCAACAUGGAAUGAUAUUCAAAAAAGUUUAAAAUUUAUUUUGCAAAAUAAUAAAAAACAAACCGGUUGGAAUGUGGAUGAAGAUAUUCUUUUUGAUGAAUAUAAUCAUGUAAAUAAURYUAUAAAUGAAAAUUUAGAAGAAUGGCAGAAUAACAAUGUUCGUGUUGAAGAAAGAUGUUUUAUAAUGGUUGGAAAAAUCAAGAAACGAUCGGGCAGUAGACCAUAUAAAAAUUUUAGCAAUGAUACGUUAGUUCAGGCAGUACAAGACUGUAAGAAUGGACUAUCUUAUAGGAAAGUGGCUGAAAAGUAUGGCAUUUCCAAGUCAAUCCUACAAAGAAAAGUUGUAAAAAAAACACUGUCAGCCAGUAUGAAGACCUACAGUCAAAGU